CACAGCGGGCCUUUGUUUCCCUCAACUGGGAGAGUCGGAUUGUUGUGAAGCUAUGUCAGAAUAAACAAGAGAGUUUCUCUUGCAGCAGCGACGCCUCGCUCUCCCUCCCAGCGCCGAAGAACCGGUUGGUGAUAACAAACACGCCGCCUGACACAUGCUCUCGGUUGUUAAGACGCCCCGGCCCGCCGCCAGCUGUUGGGGUUUAGGCCUGCGGUGAAGAAGGCCGAAGUCAUGCGUGGGCAUGUGGAGCUGGCCGGCCUGGGUCUGGCCCUGGCGGGGUGGUUCUGCGCCAUCCUGACGCGCUGCCUGGCCUUGUGGAAUGUCAGCGGUACGCUGGACAACAGCACAGCCACUCUGCCGGCCUACUGGGACGGGGUGUGGCUGGAAUGGGAUCACUGGGACCUGGCCCACGACGGCCGUCUGCACUGCUCCUUCUACCAGUCGCUCAUGUCCCUCUCCGGAAGCUUCCGUACGUGGAGGGCCCUCAUCGUGGCCGCGGUGGGCGCCGGGGCUUUUGCCUCUGCGAUCGGCGCCGCGGGAGCUGUCUGGUUUCCCAGGCGGGGACAGGUCAAGGUUUUUUCAGGGGCUGCCUUCGUUCUCUCUGGGAUACUGAUGCUGGUUCCCACUGCCUGGACCUGCCACCACACCAGCCGGCCGCUAGAGGGCGCUUUGCAUCUGAGGAGAGACUGGGGACCGGCCUUGUAUCUGGGAUGGAUCUCCUUUGCUCUGAUGCUGGCCGGCGGGAUCAUUCUCACCACAAGGUGUCCCAAUUCCGAGGAGCAGGCUCAGGCCAGUGGAGGCCCCGCCGCCCCAAACCCGGAGGAGGAGGCCUUUCACCCGCUGAGCAGGAUCAACCGGGCCGCGUUCACACACAGCCAGUAUGAACGUGGAUCAGUACCAAUUUGAAGAUUCACAUGUGAAUGUGUGCAUGGAGUUGGACACGGGGUGUCGUGAAUCACUUGAAGGCGGUUCCUUGCCUGAUACUACUUCAGUACUACUUCAGUAAGAUGGAUGGAAACUUGAAGCUGUAGGAGCCCAAACACUGAAAUUGGGAAUGAUUUCUUUUAUUGAGGAAGCAGGCGGCCUUUUGGAUUGGAAGUGUAAUGUCCAAGUUGCAAUUAGCGCAUGGAGGCAUGAGCAUUUGUAUGUACACGUACUACUACUACGUACAUUUACUGCCUACAUAAUGACAUGACUAAAGCCUACACUCUCGCUGUUGUACAUUCAACUUGCAUAAUUCAGCUAAGGCCACCCAGGUAUCAUUUAUAUAUCUACAAAAAUGACAAUAUGGUUCAAAAGUUAUUUGAUUUCAGGUGUUCGUGUCAUACUAACAGACCAAUUAAAAGCUCAGGAAGUUUUGCUGUUUACAAUACUGAGCUUUUGUUUUAUAUUUACACAUUACACAGUUUCACAACUGUAAUAAAUAAACUUUUCUAAGAUAUUCACACUUACUGAAAAUGCACCUGAACACGCUUGGGGGUUGGGAUUUUUGUAGGGAAUCUAUCCAACACAAUGUAUAUAGAAUGUGAUGUGUAAUUGUAAUGGCAAUGUGACAAAUGACUUUCAUUCUUAAUUCCGAAGAUGCUAGAAUUACCGUAUUUUCUGGAAUAUAAGUCGCUCCGGAGUAUAAGUCGUACAAGGCCAAAAAUACAUACUUAGGUAGAAAAAAGCGUACAUAAGUCACACUGGAGCAUAAGUGGCAUUUUUUGUGGGUCAUUUAUUUUCCAAACUACUUUACCAAAACAGACAUUACGUCUUACGAAGGCAGGUUCUAACAAUAAAAGAAUAGCGAACAGGCUGAAUCGGUGUAAGAUAUGCUAACACAAACACAAAAACUAAACAUGAACAGAAAAGGUGUCCAGUGUUUAUGUAACCAUUUAUAAGUCGCUCUGGACUAUACGUCUCAGGAACAGCCAACCUAUGAAAAAAAGUGUGACUUAUAGUCCGGAAAAUACGGUAUUAGGGCUGUCAAAAUAGCACGUUAACCCAUUUAUUUUUUGACAUAAUUAAUGCAUGCUAUCACUGCAUGUCUGUCGUUCUUUUGUAACUUUAUUCAGACCUGACCACUUCAUCAGCGGGACAAUUCCAACACUAAACGUGUCAUAUGUCUCUCCUAGUCCAUUCAGUCUUGGACGUACUUCCUUCUUGUCACCAGACCAACGUAAGAUACAUUCAGGAUCAGUCCCAACGUUUAUUAUGCUUGUAGUUGUGGUCUAAAUAAACAAAGGUGUGGAAAAACUAUAAGUGGCUAUUCUUAACACUCACUUUGUAACUCUUAAUAAUGAUGUACAAUCUGCUGCAUUUAAGUAUGCUAGGGAAAUAUGAAUUCAAUUUGAAUUACGUUGUGUCUUUGAAUGCAACCCCUGCUCAUUAUAACAUGGUUAAAGUGUGAUUGAAAUGUUGUGCUAGUAUUAAAGAAACUAGCCAUUCAUUUUCUACCGCUUAUCCUUAUCCCUGAGGGGUGCUGGAGCCUAUCCCAGCCAUCUUCGAACGAGAGGCGGGGUACACCAGUCAAUCCCAGGGCACAUAUAGACAAACAACCAUUCACACUCACAUUCAUACCUAUGGACAAUUUGGAGUGGCCAAUUAACCUAGCAUGUUUUUGGAAUGUGGGAGGAAACCGGAGUACCCGGAGAAA